CGACAGUACAUUUCCAAUGCUGUGAAAUCAUGCUCAAUGUUCAUGGACAAUAAUACGUAUUUUUUCAGUACAAAAUAGCAUUUCGAUCAGACGCAAUGAUUUUACUUGCCGUCCUAUUUUUGUCACUCGCAUCAUCGUUAGUGAGCGGGAAGCCGAGGCAUCAGCAAGAUGAUGAAGACCUGACUUUUUAUUGGAGAAGAUCUCACCCUGCUCCCUGCAAGCCGUUCACCACGUUCUAUCAGGCGUGCAACAAGUGCGUGUGCGCCGCCGACUCCGUUCCCUACUGCACUAGGAUGGACUGUCCGAAAGAAGGGCCAACUAUGAAGGACUUCAAACAUCAGAAAGUGCUAGGAACCCCAAAGGACAAAGCUGAAACGAACUUGAUGAUUAAAAGACUUUUGACCCGUGGUCAACUUUAACCAUUAGUCAAGUCGCUU